UCCAAUUGAGUAUGAUUCCGAUAUUGUUGGCUCGCCCAUCCAUGUAAAAAUUAUGUCCACAACAUUCAGUGUACGUAAACAAUAUCGAAUUUGAUAGUGGCAAUAACAACAAUAUGAAUAUGAUGGACGAGAAGAAGUUCGAAAUAAGUAAUAAACUGGAGAAGGAACAAGCAAAUUUGUUGCUUCUUCAGGAGAGGAUAACGAAGAGUGCACAGAUGGCCAAAGGCAUAGACACCAUUCUGAACACAUUUGAGCAGAGGCUAUCUCGCCUCGAGGACACCAUCCUACCUGUCUACAAUGAAACAGAAAAUCUACAGAAAUCGCAACACAACAUUGACAGAACCCUGCAACUGUUGGACAAUGUGAUUGGUUUCUAUGAAGUGUCUUCUCGUGUUGAGGAUAUAAUUGAGAAAGGUCCUGGAGUUGUAUCUGAGGGUGGCAUAGAUCUGGAAUUGUACAUACAGUCUUUGAAUAGAUUGGCCAGAGCACAGAAGUACUUUGAAAAACACAUCCCACAAAGUGUAGAAUUGGAAAAUGUGGCUUCCCUGUUCAAUAAAGGCAGCGAUAAAUUGCAUUUCGAGUUCAAAUGUAUUUUGGAUAAGCAUAGUAAACCUAUGCUGCCUGUUGCUCUGAUGAAUUUGCUGAACAACGAUGAGGACACUUCAAAUGAGGAUGUACCGAGUGCCCCGCCGCAGAUUCCCGAUCUACAUAUGCAGGAUUUGAUCAAAAUCGCCAAUUGGCUGUGGGAGAACCAGAGGGAUGAAUUCCUGACGGUGUACGGUAAAGUCCGCGGUAGCGUUCUGCAGAAGUCGAUGACCUUGCUGAGGAACCAUCAGAGAUCCGUAAGCGGGGGAAGCAAUCACGGCGGGAUGGGAUCACCUAUGUUUAGGCCGAAAUUUCAAAAUCGUCACGAGGCCACUAGGAAACCAUCGACGCGGAGGCUGCACCAGGUCUUCGAGAAGAAAGCCAAUCGUAUGCUGCUGAAGGCCUCUCAGACUUUGGAGCACUCCACCGGUUUAACUCUGGGCGGUCGCAGAUCCUCGACACAUCUCGCAGAUCCAUCGAAUGCGACCGAGGAAUUGGAUAGCGAACAGGAGAUGGAUAAUUAUCUGGUGUGCGUUUUGGCUCUGCACAAGUUGAUGCAGAACGAGCAGAACUUGAUGAAAGGAGUCAUCUCUAUAAAUCAUCAGGCCAAAGUCUUCGAGUUGAUCGUCAGGGAAGCCAUGGACAACAUCGUCCAGGACGGCGAGAACAUCGCAGCUCGCGCAAAACGUUGCAUCAGCAGACACGAUUUCGGAGCUGUCCUCAUAAUAUUCCCAAUUCUGAAGCAGCUUCUCUCCCUUAAGCCGGAAUUCGAGAGGACGUUUGAAGAAUGCGACGCGAACGUUCGAUCAAAGUUCGAUUCGAUCUUGAGGACGCUCCAUGCGACGGGUGUGAAAGCUUUGGACGAUUUCAUAGAGAGUCUUCGUCUGGACUCGGUGUCGCAACUGCCCAAGGAUGGAACGGUGCACGAACUCACCAGCAACGUUCUCAUGUUCUUGGAGCAGCUUUUGGAGUAUAUGGAUACCAUCGGAAGAGUUCUGGCAGACGACCCCAACUACAGCAGUCAAUUGGAGAAGCUCAACGUGUCGGAUAAGAGCAAAGCGUACAUCGGCCUCUACAUAAAAAAGGUUCUUGUGCAGUUGAAUCAUACUCUGAUAAGCAAGAGCGAGCAGUACAGCGACGCAGCGCUCAAAUCCAUCUUCAGAUUGAACAACAAUAAUUACGUGCUGAAGUCGCUGCAGAGGAGCAAUCUGCUUGAACUGUAUCUAAUCUCGGAGCCGAAGUGCGAGGAGUACUAUUACAAUUCAAUACAGGAACACAAGAAGGCAUACCUGCAAAGCUGGAAUAAACUUCUUAAUUACAUAACCACGGAUGAUUUCCCGGUGAAUCUGCAACACACCGACAGAUUGAAGGACAAAGAACGAGCCUUCCUUAAAGAGAAAUUUGCUGGCUUCAACAAGGAGAUUGAAGAGAUGAUGAAGGUGCAACGGGGCUAUUCCAUUCCUGACGUCGAGCUGCGGGAAAGUUUGAAAAGGGAUAACAAGGAGUACAUAAUACCCAAAUACAAUGCUUUCUACAAUAUCUUUUCCGUCGUUCAAUUCACGAAGAAUCCUGAAAAGUACAUCAAAUACAAACCGGACGAAGUGGUCACCAAAAUCGACAAGUUCUUCGACGUUGCUGCAUAGUGAAGAAGAAAAACACAAUAGUAUUAAU